AUGCGUAUCAAUAGCGCCACAUCCGUCUUACGUGGCUUGAUAUAUUCACUUGUCGAAAAGCAUCCAUCGCUUCUCCGCCACGUGCGAGCUCGAUACGAUUCAGCAGGGAAAGACCUGUUCGAAGACACCAAUGCCUGGAGUGCCCUCGUAUCGAUUUUCACCCAAAUCCUCGAAGACUCGUCUUUGGAAAGUAUCUGCUUUGUGAUUGAUGCUUUGGACGAAUGUCGAGAUGGCCUUCAGGACCUUCUGGAUCUAAUUGUUGAAAGCUUGGCAACUCAUCAAGAGAUAAGAUGGGUUGUCUCUAGCCGUAACGAAUAUGAGAUUACUGAGUGUCUCGACUCUGCAGCUCAGGUAGCUCCGAUCUCAUUGGAGCUGAAUGAGGCAUCCGUGUCCGAAGCUGUGAAUGCAUUCAUUCAAAAUAAAGUCGACUCUUUGGCCAAGCAGAAAAAAUACGACGACAAGAUCACUACAACUGUCAAGCGCCACCUGUUAACCAACUCACAAGGCACUUUCCUAUGGGUUGCCUUGGUCUGGAAGAAUCUUGACCAAACACCAAGAAGGCAUGUAAUACAGAAGCUUAAGAUGUUCCCGCCUGGACUCAAUGAUCUUUACUGCCGAAUGAUGGGUCAGGUUCGUGACUCAGAGGACGCAGAGCUCUGCAAACAGAUCCUCGGCAUUGUAACGGCAGUUUAUCGCCCAGUCACGCUUAGCGAGCUAAGUUCCCUCCUUGAAGGGCGAAAUGAUGGUUUCGAUGAUCUCGACAUCCUCUCUGAGAUUAUCAGCAUAUGUGGGUCGUUCCUGACAUUACGAGAAAGCACCGUCACGUUCGUUCAUCAGUCUGCAAAAGACUUCCUGACUAGAGAGGUAUCGACUGAGAUAUUCCCUGAGGGCCUAGACUGUGAACACCAUACUAUCUUCUCUCAAUGUCUAAAUGUUCUUUUCAAGACACUUCGACGGGACAUCUUUGACCUCAAAUUACCAGGCAUAUCCACCAAGGAUAUUAGCGUGCCAAGCCCAAAUCCACUGGCAUCCGCUGAGUACGCAUGUAUCCAUUGGUUCGAACAUCUUGACGCUUGCAAGGAUAGCGCAACCCACAUAUUGAGUUUAAAGAAUAGGCAGACACUGGAUAGGUUUCUGCAGCAGAAAUACCUCCACUGGCUCGAGGCUCUCAGCAUAUUGGGAAGCAUCUCAGAUGGCAUACGCGCUAUGAAAAGGCUAGAAAUAUUGAUUGUGGUACGUUGCCAAGCCGGUGCUAACAUGGAGUAG